CAAACUGGCGCACAAGAUCAGUUGGCCAAGAGAGUUUGCAGCUACAGCAGCAGCCAGAGAGAGAGCAAGAGAGAACUCAGCAAGGAUCAGGCAAACUUAUGGACAGAAUGGAUUCGCGCCUGUGCCUGCUCAUGGCCCUGCUGCUGGCACAUCGCAGCACCAGCUGGGCGCUGGAGCAGCACAGCAGCAACUCCUCCUCCUCCUCCAGCUCCAGCUCCAGCUCGGGGGAGAGCGGCCUCCUGCGCACCGUGCGCCACGUGUACGGGCAGUGUGCGGACAGUGAGGAUAUUUUUUGGUGCUGCAAGGUGCAGGGCGCCCGGCUGCUGGGGCGCGCACUCAAGGUGCAGCAGCUGAGCAUUGUGGAUGGCGUUAGUCUGGUGAGGCGCGAGAGUGCUGCAGCUGCCACACAGGACACGCGCACGGCUCGCGCCAGCAUUGCGGAGAGCCAGCUGAACAAUCGCGACCUCGAGCACAUGUCCGGCAAGAGCUUGGACGCGCUGCUGCUGGAGCGCUUCCUGGGCUUUGUGCACAGCCACCAGCUGCAGGUGAACCUGCCGCGACUGCUGCACUUCGGGGAGCGCAACAGCCAGGACUGGCUGCAGUCGCUCUUUGGCUACUUCCUGUCCGGCAAGGAGGGGGACAGCAGCGGCGCGAGCGAGGGACGCCACAAGAAGAAGGACGACAAGAAGUAUCUGGGACCCUUCAUCGCCGCCGUGCUGCUGAAGACGGCCAUACUGAAGAUGGCCUACCACUCGAUCGCCAUUGUGGCCGGCAAGGCGCUGAUCGUGGGCAAGAUUGCGCUCAUCAUCAGCGCCAUCAUCGGACUGAAGAAGCUCGUCGGCCAGGACGGGGGCGAGCGCACCACCUACGAGAUUGUGAAGCAUCCGCAGGUGCAGCAGAGCCACACCUACUCCUCCAGCCACCAGGGGGAGUACGACUCGGGCGGCCACGACUCUGGCGGCGGCUCCUACCAUCGCAGCAUCGACGAGGAGAUGAUGAUGCAGGACAAGGCCUACCAGGCCUGGAUGCCGCAGGCUGCCGGCGCCCCAGGUGGUGCAGCUGCCAGCUCCAGCAAGGUGUCGCGAUAG